AUGCGAGUCUUCCCGUACACGUGUAGGCGAAUCACGUGUAGACGAGACGUCGACCGUCUUGUCUCUGCUAAUGAGCGAAACGAUGACAUCGAAGUCGACAGCGAUGCGGACAAGCGAGCACAUCACAAUGCGCUGGAACGCAAACGCAGGGACCACAUUAAAGACAGCUUUCACGGUUUACGAGACUCUGUGCCUUCAUUACAAGGAGAGAAGGCUUCCCGUGCUCAGAUUCUAGACAAGGCCACUGAGUACAUCCAGUAUAUGAGGGGGAAAAACCACACCCACCAGAAAGACAUUGACGACUUAAGGAAGCAGAAUGCACUGUUGGAGCAGCAGGUCCGUGCACUGGAGAAGGCUAAGGGGACCACUCAGCUCCAGACAAACUACUCCUCUGAUAGCAGCUUGUACACAAACCGCAAAGGGAGCGCAGUGUCGGCCUUCGACGGCGGCUCCGACUCCAGCUCCGAGUCAGAAGCAGACGAGCCGCCCAGCAGAAAGAAGCUGCGCAUGGAGCCCAGCUAGACUCCCUCCAAAAAGACUCUGGCCCUCCAGCCCUGACUCCUCUUACUUGUCCGCACACGGUCCGGCCUUCUUGUUGAAGGCGGCAGCUGAGAAGUGCUUUUACAUAUUAAACACGUUGAAUUUUUUUUUUUUUUUAGGUUUUCCUGGUAAGUUCCUUUCACUCCUCCUGUGGCCCGUCUACGAGACUCUCGAUAUCCCCACCCUGGAAAAACAAGGCAGCUGUGUGGUCCUGAAGCACUUAUUGCUUUUCAAACUUCAGCGCAACCCUUUGAUAGUCAAACGUGGAGAAGUGACGACCAGUGAACUGAUCGCGACUAUUUUUGUUGUUUGGAACAAACCCUACAAUUUGCCGAAGGUAUUGUGCAGCUAACGGCAGUUAGGUAUGAUUUACCUUUUUAAUAGUUAUCAUUUAGCAUAAACAAAUGUAAAGUUGUUUCAAGGGGUGGGAAGAAAA